AUGAGGAGUGUUGGGUCUACUUUAAAAAGGGCUCCCAACAAGUGGCUUGGCCUGGGGGUGCUUGCUCUCGCUGUCGUUGGCGUCGGCGAGAUGCCGGUUGCAGCUUGGCCAUCAAGACUCCAGAAUCUCAAGGAAUCUCUCUCGCGACGACGGCACGGUGUUGAGGCCGUCAAAGUGAAUCUCACGGAACAAUACGGCAAGACCCCAGAGAAUCCCACAACGGAGACGACACGAAGGGCGUACUUGAUCGAAGUCAUCAUCAUUUCUGUUCCCAGUUACUACAACUACCAAGAACUUGCAAGACACAUCGACAGCAAUGGCAUUGACAAGGUCCACGGCACCGUCCAAGGCGUUAGUUUUCGGGCGUUCACCCAGAAAAAGGCCACGGAGUAUGGGGUCACGGGCUGGGUGCAGAACAGUCCGGAUGGCAGGGUCGAAGGCGAGAUCCAAGGAGAAGAUUCCCUCGUGCAGAAACUCCUGCAAGACGUAAAUAAAGGGCCCCGCCAUGCUCAUGUAGUCAAGCUGGAGAAGAGCGAGAUUGACACAUCGGAAGGAGAAAGUGCUUUUACCGUUCGAAAGUGA